UUGAAAUUUUAAGAACUUAGUGGACAACCAAGGCGCCGCCAACAGUUGCUAGUUAGCAAACCUUGCCUUAUCCGGUAACGUCCUAUUCAACAAUCACUCAAUGGAGAUGGAUGACGAGCUGGAGAUCUUCAUCAGGGAGAGGAAGGCCAGAGUGGCUGAGGAUAAAGCCAGUUUGGAACAAGACCCUCCUUACAUGGAAAUAGAGGCAAAACCCUAUCAAACCUAUGGGUCUACUGUUAAAGAGAACAUCCCUCCCAGGUCUAUAACACAGGGGAAAGAGGACAGUUGUGGUGUGGGUCUCCCCCUCGGUGUGGAGUAUGAGAGGAAGAAACAGAGGCUACAGCACGAGCUCCGGAUGGACUACAGGCGCUAUAUGGCUCAGAGGAAACACUUUGACCUAACAAAGCCUGGACCCUUAAAUCACCUGGAUAACAGGAAGGCUGUCGAGCAACACCUGCUUGAAAACCAGGCAGUUGUUCUCUCCAAAGAGCACCCCCCCUCCCGCAGGGACGCAGCCACCCUGACAGAGGACAGCAGGGGGCUGCUCAGGGCUCUGCGCCACGUCGAGGUGAGGCCCCUCUGCUCCGAGGAGGACGAGGAGCCGAUCUCAGCUCUCCCCCGUCACUGUGACAGGCUGUCGGACUCCGAGGAGGAGGAGGAAGAGGAGGAGAUGAUGAUGGAAGGGAGGAGGCGCAGACAGAUGGGGGCCGAGGCCACUCACGAGAGGAGGAGAUUGUAUAAGACCGAUAACCGGGAGAACAGGGAGAAUCUAGGCAGAGGAUCAAGAGCACUGACCAAAGAUGAGGACCGUGAAAUAGUCACCGGACUUAUAAUCGGAGCAUCUAAUACAGAAGAUGCCUUACGGAGGAGGAAGGAGCGCUACAGGCAGGAGCUGCAGCAGCAGAUUGCUGAGCAGCACAUGAACAAGAAGAGGGAGAAAGAUUUGGGGCUGAAAGUUGCUGCAACCGGGGCUUAUGAUCCUGAGAAACAGCCGGACAGGAUCAGACAGUUCGGGCUGUGCAGGAGGGGUUACCCGGGGGAGAGUGACGGCGCACUCAGAGCGCCCCGUAACAACGUGAGGACGGGAGUCAAAGAGCGAGAGACGCCUCUUCCCCCUGAACUGCCCCACGUGGCCUUCCAGUCCCCCCUGCUGGAGUACGGCUCCACCCUCAGCCUGUCCCCCAACAGCCAGCCUGCCGCCCCCUCCUUCCCCAGAGCCGUGGACACUUCCAGAAUCCCUAUGUUUCCUCCUCAUCCUCCUUCAACUGUCAGUGAGGCGUUCAGGAGCCCAUAUGGAGAGCCCCAUCACUACUAUGGCUCCAGAAACCUGCUGGAGCCCAACAUGGCCACCUACUACGGUCAAUUGGCUGCUCCCGGUGCUGGCCUACCCAUGUCCUACUGGAACCUUCCACCAGGGAGAGCUCUGCCCAGCCAGUUAGGUCACCACAGCCCUCACAGCCAGCACAGUGGGAGCAGCUGCCCUGAGCCUCCAGCACAGCUGGGCAAUGAGACUGCUGCUGGCUCACACGUCAGAGUUUACCCUUCAGACAGAUCCAAGUCCACCAGAGAGAGGAUUCUGAGCUACAGGGAGGCAUUGAAGAAACAGGAAGCGCCCAUGGAAGGGAACAGCCAGCUUUACAACCAGAUCCAGGAGCAGCAGGAGCAGAGGCGAGUGGAGAGCGAGGAGAGGGAGCGGUACGAGGCCAAGCUAGAAGCCGACAUGAAGAAGCACCAGCCCUGGGGCCGGGGGGGAGGAGGAGCCCCCCUAAGAGACUGCACUGGAAACCUCAUUGCGGACCUGAACCAGAUGCACAAAGUGAACGAGGAGGCCUACAUGAACCCGGAGCAGUGGCAGAGGAGAGCCACGGCCUCCCGGGCAGAGCUGCCGGACCCCAGUGAGAGGGUCUCUGGUACUGUAGCAGAGCGCAGCAGCCAUGACACCAAUGACAGGCUCUCUGGUUUCCACCCUGUCCACACCCCUCAGUUUGCCCGAGGCAGUGUGUUCUCCAACCAGCCCACCCAGCAACAGCUCCACGAGCAGGACAAGUACAAAGCUUACCUCAAACAGCAGAUUGAUGAGAAGAUGCUGAAAAAGGCGGAGGAGAGGGAGCAGAUGAGGCUGGAGGAGGAGAAAGAGGAGAAGAGGCUGGCGGAGCAGAGAGCUCGCAUCCAGAGGGAGUACGACCAAGAGCAGGAGAGGAAGCAGCGCAAGGAUAUGGAGCAAAAGGUGAAGAAUGAAGAGCUGACUCAACUGGCUGAGCAGAGGAAGAAAGAGGUGGAGAGGAAGAAGAAGGAAGCGGAGGAGAAGGAGAGGGAGGCAGUGAGGAGGCAGUAUGAGAGGGAGAGGCAGGCCCGGGUGGAGGAGGUCUACAGGGAGCCCUCCCCUCCGAUCCCCACCCUGCAGAGGAAACAUGGACGCCAGCAGUACGCCCCCAGACCCCCCUCUGUGGACAGCCAGCAGUCCUCUGCCCCCCUGUCUGAGCGCUCGUUGUCGGGCCUGCAGUCCCCUCCUGUCCCCGCCCGACGGAAUCAGCUCCGAGCCGCAGGUGGCCAGCGUGAAGUGUACAGCGAGCUGUCAGCGCUGCGCCGGCAGCUGCGCAGUGAGCAGAAGCGUCUGCAGGACUGUCUGCAGCAUGGAGAGUGGGAGGAGCUAGAGUCUCCUCUGAGUGACAGACGGGAGCGACCCCCGGUGGACGUGUUUGACAUGGCCAGGCUGCGGCUCCAGGCUCCGGUCCGAAGGCCUAACUCCAGAAAUCCAGAGCCCAGAAACCUGCAGCGAAUCCACGACUCCCUUCAGCUCAAAUACACCGACAGGGAGUCCAGGCUAGGCUUCAGUGAGGUUCCUAAACUGGAGGAAAUGGGCGUGGCCAGCAGGAGGAGGCGGGGCUACAGGGAUCCGUUUCAGCAGAGCAGCCAGAUGUCUACGGCCCAGGACGAUUAUUUUGACCUGUCACCGUUACAUCAGAAUGAAUAUUUGAGAAGUGCUAUGGGGGGGUCUGCAAGAGGAUCACUGCUGGAGUCAGAGAGCGCUUUCAUCGACCGCCUAGGUGAAGCAUUCCCUGUGCCACACACCCCCGAGCUUGCAAAAGCCCCUCAGCUGUCGGCCAGGGAGAGGAGGAGGCUGGCCAAACAGCCACAGUGCACACAGGAUGGCGCAGCUUCCAGCCAACACGAAGAAUACUCGACCCACUCAGUGGACAGACUGCAGCAGGAAGUAGAGCCCCGCGGCGAUGGGAGGAGCUACAGGACAAGUCGCCUCAAGGCUCUUAUUCAUCGUGGCACAGCAGCUCCAGAGGAUUUAUCUGACGACGACGGCUCCCCUCCCGGGUUUUCUCUUCACAACGGGAACCGUAGAGGCUCCAUUGACACGGUCGCCACAGAUCCCUGGAUGCGGCCAGGAACAUCGGACACACUGAACUGUUUGGACCGACCAUCCAGGAGGGAGCGCUUGGUGACGUAGCACUGGGUCCAUACGAGACUGGAGGUGCCUUCUUCUUCUGGCUUCUUUUGCUAACACCGCUGUCCCUCUGUCUUUGAAAUCAUGAGGUCUUUGUGGUUUUCACUCACCAGUGCUGUGCCCACUCAAGAGAUGCCUUAAACAGCAUGCUGGGCCUGUGGUUAUCCGGCAGCGAAAGUGACCUGCAGGACAGCAUGCAUGACUCUGCACUCUCUCAGGUCCCCGGCAGUACACCUGCACACGGACAGAAAUUCCUCCAUAGUCAGAUAAGAUGGCUUUGUGAUGGAUGGACCCGUCAAUAUGAACGUCUGAAAAAUGAAGGUCAUGGGUAUGUACUCUUGUUAAAUAACUGUUUACGUCUCAGACAUCAAAUAUCUGACGUCUAUUUUAUAAAUGAUUAAAUUAUGUCUUAAAUAAAUUAUUUUAAAUACAUCAACUGUGAGAUGGGGUUCUUUGCAUCCUUUUGAAAUUAAAUAAAUCUACAUCUGCUAAUAGCCUGCUAUUCUUUCUAUGCCAACUAAUAACUAGGUGUAUAAAUCUCUACAUUUGCAAACUCGAAUCAGGAAUUAAAAACCCUGCGUUUACAAAUAGUGCUUCCCCUUUCAUUAAUCCGUGUAUAGCAUGGCUUUUGUUUUUUUAUAAUACACGGUAGUUUGAUAUUUGUACAUUUACACUCGGAAUAUUGAUACCACUCUCUGCCCUGUCUUUGAUAAACACAUAAAGCCAGGAGUUAAGUUUUGCUUCAACGAAAAAGAAAAAUCCACACUAAUUAUUUAAAAGUGAAUUAAAUACUAAAACAAACAAGCAGUAGUUCACUUGCGUGUUAAAGAUCAGACCUCUGCACCCCAUGUAAUGCAUCAUCUGAAAAUAGCAAUGCUUUAUUGUCAAAGCCAAAUAAAGUAGUAUUAUGUCUAAAAAUUGCACUCUCCUUAACGAUUCCAAAAUUGCUAACACCAAAGCACCUCUAUUGAAUCUGAUAUACUCAGAGUGAAACUCAGCUCACAUCUCCAAAACUAUGAACACAUUGGAGCUGGAUGGACAUGAAAGAAGAGAAUCCGGUCAAUAUCAGUCAUCCAUGGGAUCACAAUGUGUUGACAACGCGUGCCGAUUUACCUCCAUCAUCCGGACAUUGAGACUUAAGCACAGGUACGUAACCACAUUUAUCUACUUUGAUCAUUCAAUGUCAUACAAUUUACAAAUGAACAAGAAUACUGCAACAACAAAAAAAACUACAUGACUACACUAACCAACUGCUAUGUAUGUUUUUUUCCGGAGACUGAUAAACAAAGACAUGCCUGUGGAAGGGUUCAAAUGUUCAGUGAGGCACAGGAAACUUCAGUAAUGAACGGCAAGUAAUAUAUAAGAUUACAAGAGAUUCAAAGUCACAUCUGAACAGAAUUUUCCACAACAUCUGUAGCAGCUUCACAGGGCGCCCUUUGAAAGAAAUUCUGAAGAACCGAAGAGCUGAGACUUGAAUGUGUAGAAGUUGUAGGGAGAGGAA